CCAUUCUCAAUUUCUCACACUAACAAAAAUUGAAAUCAAAAUUCGAGAGUGAGAGUGAGAGUGAGAGGGAGAGGGAAAGAGAUGGAGAACAAUGCGAUGAGGAUACUCGGAGAGAUAAAAUCUUCCGAUCUCAUCGAGAACCGGGUUCAACUACUCACACGGCUAUGUCAGUUAGAUACAGAAGAGAAUUCUGAUGUGCCCUCUUUUGUGGAGAGCUUAACAACACUCUGGGAAGACUUCACAUGUCUUGACGUUUCCCAGUGUUUGUUGAACAAGGCAAUUCUCCCUGUGGCUUCGAAAUACCUAGCUUUGGAACGGCCUGACUGCUCUCAAUACUUUCUUGCUUUUGGUUCUAAGGUAAGCCAAUGGUGUGCAAAACAUUUACACAUGUCUGUAAUGUCGAUGGAGGAGUCUCAAGAGGAAGAGCAUUCAAACAUUUUCUUUCAGCUUCUUUUGAAUUAUCUUCGCUUUUCUGCUCAAGCUUUACUGCUAAUGGGAAAAUAUGUUUCCAUGAGUGAUGAGGCCUCCGCUGUAACAGUUCAUAAGUUUGUUUCAGAGCAGCUGAAUUUGACAAAGGAAGUGAUAUUGAAUGCCCAAGUUGAAUCCUUUUCCUCGGAGAUUUUUAAGGCUGCGCAAGUGGUGAUUGACUCUUUUAUUCGUCUGUGCAAAGAGUUCUCUCCAACAGUGAAUCAGUGCAUAAAUGAAAUUAAGACUAAUGGAAAUGUAGGAAUAGCGAAGAUGGAGGAAGGCAAUACUGUGUGUAAUUUGGUAAGCAUAAUUACGCUGGGAGUUAAUUCUCUGAGUGAAUUGGGUAUGCUUGCUGCAAGAGAUGGUGGCAAUCUUGUUACCAUUCUUAAUACAUCAUGGAAGGGUGUGAUUACGUUGCUUCAGAUAGACAAGCAGAUAUUAGUAUCUAAGAUAGAUGUUGGAGAAAUCAUUUUAAAGCUAAUAUCACUGAUCAAGGAGUCUCUGAGAUUUGCUGCUGAGGCCUGGUCUUGCUCGGCGAAGGAAAACAUAUCUGCAACAGAAGCCAGAAGGGUCUUUCUUCCUGUGAAAUUUUAUCUUAUCAACGCUGUUAAAGUUGUGGCGCUGUUUCCAAGCCAGGCAUCUAUGAUGUUUAAGGAAAUAGCACUCUGCAUUUUGAUGAUAUCUGCUUUCAAAGUUUCACUGAGCGAACAAACCCAUGGCAAAUCCGCGAGUGAAGUAAUGACUGAUCUUCUAGAGAAAACAACUGUAGAUCUUCUAAGUGCACUAUUGAACGCAGGUGAAGCAACGCAAGAAUUCAGGCGCAAACUACUUGAUUCGUUGUUCGUUGAUGAACAAUGUUUCUCAAACCAAAUUUGUAAGAAUCAGAGCGAUGACUCUCAGGAAAAACCAUCAUUGGUGGAUAUUUUGUCUUUAUCUGUUGAAUCUGCGACAAGUACCAGAGGUUUGCUCCUGGCCCGAGUUGUACAGUUCCAGUCUGUCAUGAGGUACUCUUCUGAGCUUGAAGCAGAUGCAAAGUUUGCAAUUGCCACAAAGCUGCAAUGGCUUCUCGACGUAUUAAUAGAUAGAGAGGUUUAUUCUUCAGUCCUUUCCUCUCAGCUUCCGAUGGCAGAUGGUUCUGGGAAGACAAUAAUCUGGGAAUCGAUGUUUUCAGCUCUGAUUCUAUCUCUCAAAACCCUUAUGAUUAUUCUGUCUUCAUCUCCUGCCUGGGAAGAGGUUGAAACAUUCUUACUCCAGAAUCUCUUGCAUCCGCAUUUCUUAUGCUGGCAGAUAAUUAUGGAACUCUGGUGCUUCUGGGUGCGUCAUGCCACUGAGGAUUUGGUGGCUGAUAUGAUUAACAAACUUUGCACGUUCAUGAUGGCAAUGUCAUCAUCAGAAGCGCCGCUUUGUCCUGAUUCCGUUCUCAGAAGAACUACAAAGUCCAUCUGCUUUCUUCUUACUCACAGCCCCAAAUCUUUAACAGCUCGAGUUUACAAAUACAUUUCUACUGGGAGCAGAUCUGAAUCUGCACCAGAUGCAUAUCUAGCCUUGCUGUUAGACGGGUUUCCGCUGAAUUUUCUUCCAGACAGAAUAAAGAAUGACGCGUAUAAACAGAUCACUGCAGAUUUCUUCCACUUCAUUGAGGACUUUAAUGAGAAACCAUCGAAUUCCUUGAGAUACACUGUGCUUGGAGCUCCAGUUUUUGCACUCUCUGCUUGCCUUCGGAUACUAAAGAUGAGCAUAUCAGAGAUUGACUCCAAAACUCUAAACUUUGUCGUCGCUCUCAUUCAAAAGUACAGAUACUUCAAAGAUGAAGCGACAAGGGAUCGUUACAGUGAGAUUCUCAGCGAAACACUAUCAAUCAUCUCAAGAAGCGAGCAGCUAUACACUUGCCAAGAGAUGAAUAGUGUCCUACGAGAGCUUCAAAGGCUUUUCAUUUUAGAAACUAAUAAUCAUCAUCUCCAUAAAUCGAAGCCGAACCUAGCUCUCUUCUUAUCAGGACUUAGCAAAUACGAGAUGUCUGAAGCCGAAACCUGUCCAAAGAGCCAGGCGGUCUGGGAACUCUACCAUUUGCUCCUCAGAAAACGCCACUGGGCUUUGGUACACCACGCGGUUACUGCGUUUGGGUAUUUCUGUGCACGUACGAGCUGCAAUCAGCUAUGGAGAUUCGUACCUGAAGAUGCGGCUCUGGCCUUCGAUAUAGCUUCCGGAAAAGAAGCAAAAACAGAGCGGUUCAUGUCGGAAUUAAAGAUUUUCUUGGAGAGAGAACAAGCGCUUCUCUCAGUUACACCUUCGCAAGAGGAACUCGAGUUACUUUCGAAAGAAGGCACGGAGGUUAAGGCAACAGUGCAGAAGCUUGUAGAAGUAAGAAACCAGCAGAGAUCAGUAGAAGUAGAUAAACGACCGAACAAGCGAAGGAAACUUCCAGAAGGAAUCAGCAGGGGAGUGGAGUUAUUGCAGAACGGAAUGAAGAGGAUCAACGAGGGUCUAAGGGAAUUGAGAUCAGAUGAAACUGAGAAUGAAGAGUUUCAAAAGAGUUUAUUGAAUCAGUUCUCGUGUCUUGAAGAUUUGGUGUCUCAUUUGGUAAGCCUCGCUACUUCGGACUAAGAUGUUUUCUUACUAAUCAAGUAAUAAUAAUAGUCUAUUAGGGUUUAUUCAGUGCUGUGCCUAGCUUUCGAGGGGCUUAAGGCAAGAAUUGAAAAUGUGCCACAUUUUUAAAACUUUUUAAAAAAUACUGCUAAUGGAUUGUGUUAUU